AUGUAUGAAAUCCUUGUGUUGUUUGUGCUCCUUAUUUUAAUACUCGUCGCCAUUUACUUUUUAAGGAAGGCGAUGAGAUAUACAACAGAUAAAGUACGCAAGAACAAUAAAGUCCAAAAGAAAACAUAUAAAAGGAAAGUAGGGUUUCGCACCACAAGGAAAAACAUUCAGAAAGCUUUUAGUAAAUAUUUACUUCCUUUGCUUAUUGAGACAAAAAAUCUGAAGUUUAAGAAAUUUGCAAUCAUUGACAAAAUUAAGGCAAAAGGGGACAUUACAGAGGAUGUCAAAGUGUAUAACGAGACAGUCUCACAAUUGCGAAAAAAAAGAAAUAAAGCGGCAAAUAAAGUUUUCAAAGUUGCGAACGAGUCGAUCAAAUAUAUCAAUGUAAUGGAUUUGCAUGGUCUCUUAGUUUCAGACGCUAUUCAAAUAGCGGUGACAAAGCUCCGGAUGCUUCAAACCAAUCCAAAAGUGAAAGUUGUUACAUUUAGUUGUGGUGUCGGCAAACACAAUAGUAUUGGAGUUUCAAUGAUAUUAAAGUCACUCGUAAGGUACUUGAUCAAUAACGGAGUUCCUUUCUAUAAGAACGUUAAUAAUGGCUUUGUGAGUGUGCAAAUAGCAAAGUAUGAGGGGACAUUCCCAACAAAAGAAACUAUAAGGAAAAUUACACCAGACUAUAUAGAGAAGCUGAAAAGUCGAUUCGUAGAAGAAGAGUCUGAAGACAAUGAAGAAGAUGUCGACUAUGGGCAAAGUGAUGAUGAAUAUGAAUUGGCGUUGGAAGGUGUCGAUGACAAAGUGGAGAAGAAUGAGAACGAAGAAAUGAACGAGGAAGAAAACAACAAAUUUGGUGAAGAUGUUGACACUGAUAACCUCGAAGAUGGUUACACAUUUUCUUGA